GCGUCCCAAGAUGGCGUCGUGGCUGCCAGAGACUCUGUUCGAAAUUGUAGGACAAGGCCCAGCGCCGAGCAAAGACUAUUACCAGUUAUUGGUCACCCGGUCCCAGGUAAUCUUUAGAUGGUGGAAGAUCUCUCUGAGGAGUGAGUAUCGAUCAACAAAACCUGGAGAAGCCAAAGAGUCUCAUGAAGAGUUUCUAGAGAACUCCCAUCUUCAAGUUCAAAUUGCCUUAAUAUUUGGUGCAAGAAUAUUAGACUAUGUCUUCAAUUUAUGUGAAGGUAAAUUUGACUUCCUUGAACAGCUCUCAGACAAUUUGCUCCUGAAUAUCAUUUCUUAUCUGGAUCUUGAAGAUAUUGCCAGGCUUUCUCAAACAUCACGCAGAUUUGCACAGCUGUGCAUGUCCGACGAGCUGUGGGAGAAGGUAGUCCAGUCUGCCUGUGACACCAUCACGCCGGACAUGCGGGCCCUGGCCACGGACAUAGGCUGGAGGCAGAUGUUCUUCACCAACAAGCUGCAGCUUCAGCGGCAACUCCGCAAGAGGAAACAGAGACAAGAGAGCCAGGGAAACACGACAUCUGUGAAAUCGAGCGCAGUCGGCUUCCUGGCAGAUGAGGAGCCUGUCAGAGUUGUUUCUGGAUGUAGUCCAAGCAAAGAGCAAAGGUUUAAUUGGCGAGAGAGCCGGGCUGCCUUCGCCACCCAGGAGGGCCUCUGCCAGGGUGAUACAGGUGACUGCCGGCAGACCGGGGGGGGCACGCACUUCUGCACAGAUCCUGCAGCCUUGUUUCUCCCCGAAGUCCGCAACCUCACUCAGGGCCAGAACAUCGAUUAA